CGGGACAUGCAUCCACAUGCUGCUUUCAACUGGUCACUUGGCGAGUUGAAAGUUAGUUUGAUUAUUCUUUUGCGGGUAGAUUGGCAAAAGGAACACUGGACAUGGGGCCAGCACGAAUUGUAGCACGAAGAGGUCAGGCCAGUCAGGCCGAACGAGCCAAAAAACAUUCAGAACGAGCUGCUUUGUAGCUUGCAUGUCUGGAGCACAGAGGAUUGACAGGAUACCGCUGGAAGCUCCAUGGGACCGUUUGGACUUCCAGGAUCAGCAAGCUAUAGAGGCUUACUGCACUGACCUGGAACGCAUUAUGGCAAUGUCCAAUGAUGGUCAAGCCUUUGCAGAGCACGUGGCAGCCAUGGACCACAGAUUUCAGGAGGCAUGGUUUGCAGCCAAGUUUGGCGAUGCCAAUGCAGAUCCGAUGCAGGCCUUUCGUCAACCUCCCACCGCUGGGGUAGUGCAUCCACAACGCGCAGCGGGUCGGAACGGUUCCGGCAGUUCAAUCAGCGCAGGUCUUGGGUCAGAGAUCCUGCAGCGCCAUGCUUCCUUGCUGGAUGGCCGCUUUGUGAGGUCUGCGGCUGCCCCUCCUCGCGAAGCGGCUGGGGCAGGGGCAUUUUCGCGAAACUUGGCAUCUGCAGCUGGACCUUCACGAUAUGUGAGCAGCCAGGCACCAUCCCCACGAAUUGCUCGGCAGGAUGCCUUCCGCCGCUGUUCCUACUGUGGGGCAUCAGCACCCGAAGCCUUUUGUGGCCAGUGUGGCUCCCAUGCUGAGGCAGCUGACUGGCGUCAACCCUGGCCAAGGCCUCCUCCGAGAAUUUAAGAGUGCAACAAGGAGCCCGUGUGGGGUUCCAAGAUUUCUCAGCAGUUUGAGCUGCUGAAUGCUUUAAAGCUGACCUGAUGCUGUCUUAAUUCGUUGAAGAGCAUAGUCUCUUGGGUGCGAGCAAGCUUCUCGCUUGUGGCAAAAGAAGAGAGGUGCUUCAUGGUGCUUCCGUCGAAC